GCCAUGGCCCCCGAGGCAAGCCCGGAGAGGAGCUGCUCUCUGCACACCUGUCCUCUUGAAGACCCGACAGGAGCUUCAGUACCAGCGCCAACGGUUUCUACCCUCCAGAAUGUAGACCCGACCAGUCCGUUAACAGCGGGCCAUUUUGUCUUUCCUCGAGCGCCUCAAGAAUAUCAAGAAGGCAGUUCGUUACUAGGAUUUGGAGAUCAAGCAUCUCUAUGUGCCCAUGUCUCCAACCUCAGCACCUCCAUAGACCCCUCACAGCAUGAUGGGGUCUGGAAGCCACCUUCUGUGCAGCGCCAUGUGGUCAGUGUCAGGCAGGAACGCACUUUCCGGAUGCCAAAGAGCUAUUCCCAGCUGAUUGCUGAGUGGCCAAUGGCUAUGCUGCUGCUGUGUCUGGCCUUCAUCUUCCUCUGUACCCUAGCUGGGUUGUUGGGAAGCCCUCCACUUGACUUUUCUGAGCCUUUACUGGGUUUUGAGCCUCGAGACACAGAGAUCUCCAGAAAACUAGAGGUCUGGAAAGCUAUGCAGGCCCUCACUGGCCCCAAGAAUCUGUUUUCUCUUUCCCCAGACCCUGAGAUGAACAGCUCAAGCCUCCUCAGCACACUGAGCCCUGCAUCCUGGGGCAGGGCUGAGGAGAGUGUGGUCCGGACCAAGAGGAUGGUAGAGCCCGUGGAAGACAAAGAAGAAGAGAACUUCUUCUGUGGUCCUCCCGAGAAGAGCCAUGCAAAGUUGGUGUUUGUGUCCACCUCUGGGGGAAGCCUGUGGAACCUGCAAGCCAUCCAUUCCAUGUGCCGCAUAGAACAGGAGCAGAUCCGCUCUCACAUCAGCUUUGGGGCUCUGUGCCAGCGAUCAGCAGCCAAUGAGUGCUGCCCCAGCUGGUCCCUGGGCAACUAUCUGGCUGUGCUGUCCAACCGCUCCUCCUGCCAGGACACUACCCAGGCUGAUGCAGACCGCACACUGGCCCUGCUUCGGUUCUGUGCCACCUACUACCAUCGGGGUGUCCUGGUGCCAGCUUGUGUGGGACCUGGGAAGAAUAAGCCCCCAUAUUGUGCUCAAGUCCCCACCAAGUGUACCUGGAGCAGUGCUAUCUAUCAACUCCUGCACUUUCUGCUAGACAGAGACUUUCUGAGUCCCCAGACGGCAGAUUACCAGGUGCCCUCCCUCAAGUUCGGCCUGCUCUUCCUGCCCAUUACAAAGACUUCCUCCCUGCUAGAUAUCUAUCUGGAUGGCCUUGUUGACCCCAUUAAGGUCUCUGAUAACUACACAUCCAUCAGUGGCAUGGACUUGGGCCUCAAGCCUAGACUGCUGAAGUACUACCUGGCCGAAGAUACCAUGUACCCCUUGCUAGCCCUGGUUGUCAUCUUCUUUGGCAUGUCCUUCUAUCUGCGUUCACUCUUCAUCACAUUCAUGUCACUGCUGGGGGUGUUGGGCUCCCUAAUGGUGGCCUUCUUUCUUUACCAUGUUGUAUUCCGCAUGGCCUACUUCCCCUUCGUCAAUCUAGCAUCCCUCCUUCUGCUUACUGGCGUCUGUGUCAAUUACACUCUGAUCUUCUUCGACCUGUGGCGCCUCAGCAGGGGCCAGGUGCCCUCUGGGGGUCUAGCGCAUCGUGUGGGCCGCACCAUGCACCACUUUGGCUACCUGCUUCUGGUCUCAGGCCUCACCACCAGCGCGGGCUUCUACGGCAGCUACCUGAGCCGCCUGCCCACAGUGCGUUGCUUUGCUCUUUUCAUGGGCACCGCUGUGCUAGUGCACAUGGGGCUCACACUAGUCUGGCUUCCUGCCACCAUAGUGCUCCAUGAGCGCUACCUGGCACGAGGCUGUGUGUCCCAAGCGCAGGGUCAGAGGGGCGGCGCCGACCCCUUGCGGCUCUUGCUGGCGUUGCACAGACGGAUCCGCGUUCUUCGCAGGAUUUUUUCCAUCCUUUCGCGCCUGCUCUUCCAGCGCCUGCUGCCCUGUGGCGUCAUUAAGUUUCGGUACAUCUGGAUCUGCUGGUUCGCGGCUUUGGCGGCAGGGGGCGCCUACAUCGGCGGCGUAAGCCCUCGCCUGCGACUGCCCAUUCUACUACCCCUUGGCGGCCAGGUCUUCAGGGCUAGCCACCCCUUUGAGCGCUUUGAUGCUGAAUACCGUCAGCAGUUCCUAUUCGAGGACCUGCCUCCAAACGAGGGCGGCAACUUGCCAGUGGUAAUGGUGUGGGGAGUCCUGCCAGUGGACACUAGUGAUCCCCUGGACCCUCGCACCAACAGCUCAGUAGUAACCGAUCCUGACUUUGCGCCCAGCAGCCCCGAGGCCCAGGAGUGGCUCCUGGCUCUCUGCCAUGGAGCCCGGAAUCAGAGCUUCUUUGGAGACCAGCCAGAGGGUUGGCCUACACUGUGUUUAGUGGAAACCCUCCAGGAGUGGAUGGAAAGCCCCAGCUGUGGCCGCCUGGGUUCCGAUCUAUGCUGUGGCCAGUCAGAAUUCCCCUGGGCCCCCCAGCUUUACCUGCACUGCCUCAAGAUGAUGGCUCUGGAGCAAAGUCCUGAUGGCACCCGUGACCUGGGACUCCGCUUCGAUGCUCAUGGCAACCUGGCAGCUCUAGUUCUAAAGUUCCAGACCAACUUACCAUACAGUACAGAGUACGGCCCGGUCCACCACUUCUACACUGAGGUCAGCCGCUGGUUGUCAACAGAGCUGGGCAAGGCACCUCCAGGCCUCAACCAGGGUUGGUUCACCAGCACCUUGGAGCUGUACAGCUUGCAGCAUAGCCUAAGCACAGAGCCUGCUGUGGUGCUCGGUCUGGCUCUGGCACUGGCCUUUGCCACACUGCUGCUGGGCUCCUGGAACGUUCCCCUCAGCCUGUUCUCUGUGGCAGCUGUGGCUGGCACUGUGCUGCUCACUGUGGGCUUGCUAGUUCUACUCGAGUGGCAACUCAACACUGCCGAGUCCCUUUUUCUCUCUGCCUCUGUGGGCCUCUCUGUAGACUUAACUGUCAACUACUGCAUCUCCUAUCACUUGAGCCCACACCCUGACCGCCUGAGCCGUGUGGCCUACUCCUUGCGUCAGACCAGCCGUGCCACCGCAAUGGCGACUGGAGCGCUGUUUGCCUCUGGCGUGCUCAUGCUGCCUUCCACCAUACUGCUUUAUCGAAAGCUGGGCAUCAUCGUCAUGAUGGUCAAGUUUGUUGGCUGUGGCUUUGCCAGCUUCUUCUUCCAGUCCCUGUGCUGUUUCUUUGGGCCAGAGAAAAACUGUGGGCAGAUCCUGUGGCCCUGUGCCCCCCUGCCGUGGGAUGCCGGGACUGAGGAUCCUGAUGAAGAGAAAGGACGAAUGGGGCCACACGGGUUCUCCGAGCACUAUGAGUUGCAGCCCCUGGCACGGCGCCGGAGCCCCAGCUUUGAUACCAGCACAGCCACCAGCAAGCUGUCCCACCGGCCUUCCAUACUCUCUGAAGAUCUGCAGCUGCAUGACGGUAGCUGCUGCCACGCCCACGCCCACGCCCCCAUCCUCGUCCCCGCCCCCGUCUCCCCGAGAGAUCUGCUUCUGGACCACCAGACAGUCUUCAGCCAGUGCCCAGCCCUGCAGACUUCCUCUCCCUAUAAGCAGGCCGGCCCCAACCCCCAACCCUGGAUCAGGCAGGACUCCCAGGGACAGAAAGCGGAGCCCUUGCAGGCCCUGCCAGAAGCCCCUGCCCACUGCCCCAAGUCCAAAGUCGAAGAGCUCCCGGAUGGCCUCUGCUCUUCAGCCAGCACUCUGGAGGGACUCAGCGUUUCUGAUGACACCUGUGCCUCUGAGCCCAGUAUCCGUGUGCCAGAUUCUGUGGGCACCUCACCAGAAGCUGUGAAUGGCACUGGGCACCCCAUACUUGAACGAGGCCAGCUGAAUGGGAAGCGUGACACUCUAUGGCUGGCUCUGAAGGAGACCAUCUACGAUCCAAACCUGCCCAACUCUCAUCACACCAGCUUAUCCUGGAAGGGCCGUGGGGGGCCAGGUGAUAUCAGUCCUGUGAUGCUUCCCAACAGUCAGCCAGAUCUUCCUGAUGUUUGGCUCCGUAGGCCCAGCACCUACACCUCUGGCUACAGCAGCUGAGAGAGCCCAAGGAAGACCAGACCAGGGUCCAGAACCCUGUUGGUAAAAGAAAAUAAGGCAGCAGCCACACUCGCCUAGAGCCUGAAGGUAUUUCUCCAUAUCGACUUGAUAUCUUACUCUCCAGUUAUGGAGUCGAAACCCUGCCAGAUGUUCCAGCCUUGAUCUCUCUGCUACUUAACCCCUACAUCUGGAGGAUUCAGUGGCAGGGCCUUGCAAGGUAAUACCAGGCUCUCCCUGUGAUGAGCUGAGGGCUCAUCUCCCCCACAGUGCCAACAAGGACCCCCCUCCUCUGGAAAGGGGGGAGGCCAGAUAUGCAGCCUCCAGGUAUCAGGGGAGGCUGAUCAUUUCUCUCCCACGUGGCAAGUUCAGUGAUGCUAAGGUACCCCAUCUUUGGGAUCGUCAGGGUACCUUGCUGACUAGAAAAGCCCUUAAGAACCUCCACAGCCUGCUGAAUCUCAUCCCUUUCUCAACAGCUCUUAAUCAGGAGGCUUCACUUCUAGGAGAGCUUUCUUGGGCCAGAAUUGAACCCGGGGCCUCUGUCCUGCACUGCCCUGUUCUACUCAUACUCACCGGUGUGAGUAGACACUCCCCAGAAGCAGGGCAGAGACGGCUGCUGAGGGAGAAGCAGGAGAAGAUGUGAAGGUUGGCUUUGGAGUGCCUGUAAUCCCCCAGAUUCCCUUACCAGAAGUGGGCGCCAGAAUGCUCCCCUACUGAGAACAUCUUCUACCAUCACCACACCUGUCAGCCUCCUUGGACUCUUGGAACUCCACUGCAGAAAGGCCUGCAGUUGGUCAAGACACUACGUAGGGUUGAUUGAUUUACCCAAAGUCAUGUCACUGACUCAUUCUGCCACAGUAGCUCCCAGUCUCCUCCUAACGACUGCCUGCUUCAGAGACUUUGGACCCUGGCUGUCUUGAUCCUUUGCUUCUGGCACUUACCCAUUCUCCUUUCUUGAGUAUCUCUCUGUAAACCUUCCUUCCCUUUCCACCUGCAGAAAGAGUUGCAGUCUGAGCAGACCCCAGAGUCCCUCCUUGCCUUUGUGAUCCCCCCUCUGAAAUCCUCUGAGAUGACAAUUCACAAUGGGGCAUAGCAGAUCGCAAGCAGCCAAUCUCCGUCUUAGGCUUCAAGGACAUGCCUCUUCCAUGGCUAAGGACUGCAAAGAGACUUUGCCAGGUACUGAGGGACAGAAGAAUUUGAGCAGAAUCUAUUUAAGACACUACACAGCCUUGCUCUUGUGGGGGAGUUCUCUAGGUCAGGUCCCUGGUUUCUAAAGACCAGCUCUCUCUAGAGUGCUAGGGGGACUCAAAGACCAAAGCCUGGCAUUCCCCACCAAAAGCAAAGGUUCUGUCCUGAGGCUUUGUCCCAUGUGACACAGCUGCUGACACUCGGCAGCAUCUAGGCAGCAUUGUCAAGUUGACUGCACACCUGCUUUGGGAAUGGUAUUGCCAGCAGUAUAGGUGUGAUGGGGGAAGCAGCUUCCAUACACAGGCGGGCAUUAAUGGGUCAGUGCUAUUGCUGAGCAGCGUGGGUACCCAGAGUGAGGUGACCAGGAAGAUCUCCUGAAGAGGAGAGGCUUGAGCAGCUUCAGAAGAUCAAGCACUUCAAACGGGAGGGGGCAUGGUGAUUCAGCGACAAACCCUGUCCCCUAAGGACCGUUCUUUCAAAGAACUCCUGUGUCUAAAAGUAGCUGCUUCAGUGGGUCUGAGCACUGGGGACAGCCAGCUUAGCUCCCUUUCUAGUGCAGCUCUCCAGGGGCCCCAGGUUCCUGGCAGACCCAUGAGACAUAGAAUGAAGACCACCAGUCUAGGCCAUUUUACAUAUGAGGAAGAGAGAAAUAAAAAGAAUUGUUCAGAGCCAAAUCAUCUCUGGUGAAGCUAGAGGCAAGCCAGAGGGUGUCUUUGUUUUAUUUUGUUGCAUUCCUGUGUUAUUGAGAUCUACCUCCCACCCCAAGUAGCCCAGGACAAGUGAAGCAGAAACUCAAAUGAGAGCAUAAGAAUGUGGAAAAGACAGAAGACAGUUGUCCCUCAGUAUCCAUGGCAAACUGGUUCCAGCACCCCUGCCCCCCUCCCAGGGUAUCAAAAUCUGAGGAUGCUCAAGUCCCUUGUGUAGAAUGGUAUAGUAUCUGCAUACAAUGAUGCAUAUUCUCCUGUAUACUUUAAAUCAUCUCUAGAGUACUUAUAAUGCCUAAUAUGAUGUAAAUGCUAUGUCACUCCUUAUACUGUGUUGUGGUAACAAUGACGAGAAAAAAAA